AGACGGAGUUCAGCGGAUAUCCUCAUAGACCAAUCAUAAUACAAAAUCCACACGGUAAAAUUCUUCGUGAUGUAGGCCUAUUACAGCCUAGAACGCGAAUAUUGCAAUAGAUAAUUUUGCAAAAGUCAGAAGAAUACACGUAAAGUUGCAAGUUCCUGUGCUAAUGCUGAGCAGUUAACAGGAAGGUACAAACAACUUUUUGAUACGGUGAGUCAGGAUGUAUCGUGGCAGACCUCCAUUCCGAGGUCCACCGCCGUCUCAUGGCCCGGAUCCCCGAGGUGCGCAUCCAAGUCAUGGGCACUCUGGACCAGACCGACCCUACUCCCGCCCGUCCUAUCGAGACGACAGAGACAGAGGUCGGAACGGAUAUAACAAUUAUCGCGACCAUCCAGACUCUUAUCACCGAUCUCCGCCGCACCGAAGGUAUUCGCCUGGGUCAGGAAGAGGACCUGCAGACGAUUGGGGUGGUGGGCCCCCUCCAAGAGAUCAUUACAAUCAGCGUCGCACACCGUCUCCUCCCCGUGGUGGUCUCCCAGUUGACCACAGUCUUGUUAUCACGGUGGGCAACGACCUGACAGCGCCUCCCGGCUCCCGUGGCCCCGACCCUUAUGUCAGAGAUUACCAUGCAGGGGAUCCCCUGUACAAGCCUCCGAGAGGCUCCAGCUACGAUCGGCCAGACGACCGGGGGGCGAGGCGGCGUAGCUCCAGUAGGGGGCGCAGCCGUUCUCCUGACCGAAGCCGAGCUCGCAGCCGCGUACGUAGUCGUAGCCGCUCUGCGGAUCGCAACCGAGGCCGCAGCAAGAGCCGUGCCCGCAGCAAGAGCCGUGCCCGCAGCAAGAGUCGAGCCCGCAGCAAGAGCCGCGUGCGCAGUAGGAGUCGGAGUCGGAGCAGAGGGCGCAGUCAAGCGCGCAGCCGAGCGCAGAGCAGGGCACGCAGUCGAGCACGCAGCAAGAGCCGUCCCCUUAGCAGGAGUCGAUCUCGGAGCAGAGGCCGCAGCCACAGCCGGGGCAGAAGCCGGAGCAGGAGCCGGAGUCGAGGACGCAGUCGUGCUCGGAGCCGGGCGAGGACCAGGAGCCGCAGCAGGAGCAGGAGCAGGAGCAGCAGCGCUGGGUCUCACAGACGCAAGCCAGACGACUUCCAGGAGCUGGAGCGUGCGCGCAGACGCAAGGAGCUGGAGGACAUCAUGAACAUGCCCACCAAGUCCAUCCUGAAGAGACGCAUGGACUCCUCAGAGACCGACUCCCCCUUAGUUACGCAGAACUGUGAUUCUCCACGAGACCCGGACCACAUCCUGGCGGCCAUCACGUCGUCCGGUCUGGACCCCGCCCUGCUGAUGUCCGUGCUGGGGGAGCUGAAGGACGGCCCCCCUCUCGCCAACGCCGCCGCGUUCGAGGACAUGCUGACGCGGCUCCAGCCAGCAGGGGGCGACGGGUUUGCGGGCGAGUCGGGCGAUGGCGGCGGCGAGGGCCUGAACAAGCUGCUGGGCCUCCUGGAGGACAUGGCCAGCGCCAAGAGGGACGAGCGCCAGAAGACCCUUGCCGAGAUCGAGGACGAGGAGAAGUUCCUGUAUGGAGACGAAGAGGAAGAGGAUGCGAAGGCUCGUCUGACGGCGAUGGACAUGUUUGCGGAGAGCAGGCCUGAGCCUCCUCAGCCCUACGGGGCCCCAAACCCGGCCAUGGCGGCCCCCGUGUACCUGCAGAGCCGCAGUGAGGUCCUGGCGUCUCCGCCCUCCGCUCCUCCUCCUCCUCCUCACGCGCUCCACAGCCACUCCCAGCCCCGCGAGUCCCGGCGCCUCCAGCACAGCCCGUCUCCGGAGAGAAGGGACCAAGAGCGGAGAGAGCGGGCGCUCCCGGAUGAGUACCCUCCGGGCGUGGGGCCGAACGACGCCAAGGACCGGCAGGAGGUGGAGGAGUACGAGAAGAUCCAGGACCUGCUGAAGACCAUCGGCCUGGACCUGGGAGUCACUGAGAUCAGCAAGAUGGCCACGCGCACCAAGGAGAGGCUGCAGGGCAGCAAGCCGCCCCCGCCCCGCCGGAGGUCGGCCGAGAGGUCGAAAGACCGCCCGGCCGGAGGGGCCGGCCGCAGCGGCAGCGGCAGCGAAGCCAACAGCAGCAGCUCCAGCCGAAGCAGCAGGAGCUCCAGUCAAAGCUCAGGCAGCAGCAGGCCCAGGAAUAGUAACAGCUGGAGCCGCCGGCACAGGCCAGAACGCUCCCCUCCGUCGGAACGUCGCACUUCCCACGGCCGCUCCCAGGGCCGCAAGUCUCCGGCGCCGAAAGAGGAGCGCAGCCGUGGACGCCCCACCCCCGCUCCAGCCAAGAGCGCCACCUCCAGUCAGGCCCCGGAAACGCAGGCCCCACCGCCACCUCCUCCUCAGGCCAUCCCGCGCCUCGGAGUGCACCAGGCCCACCCGGUGCCCGUCUACCCGCCCGCACAAGCCCAUGCCAUGCCCCAUCCCAACUACCCCCCUCCGGGGUACGACCAGUACGGCAACUACGUGCCCUACAUGGGGCAGGGCUGGCCCAUGUACCCCCCUCCCCCCCUGGGCCCUGGCAUGAUGCCACCCCAGGGGGCAUCACACGUGGAGUACAGCAGCCCCUACCUGAAGGUCAUCGAGACGGUGCCAGCUGACGGCAACGAUGCCAAGAAACAGGAGAAAAAACCUCUGAAUAUGGGGAGACCAGAGAGAGCCCGUGAGAAGGACCCGUCCAAAGACUUGUACAGCCAGGAGAAGGUGGAGGAGCAGAAGGAGAAGGUAGAAAUAAACGGGAAAAAAUCCCCAAAGAUGGUGGAAUCCUUAUGCACUGUGCUUUAUAGAGGACACCUGGGUUCUGCUGAAUUCAGAGGAUUAUUUGACACUUCUCAUUCCACCUCCACCUCCACCUCCAGCGCCCCUGUCUCUAAGGCAUCUACGUCAACUUCGAGAGCAACUACGGAGACUCCAAAGGCUCAAUCGAGAGCAACUACGGAGACUCCGAAGGCUCAAGUCAGCACCCCUGCUCCCGUGAAAACUGUAGACCAAUAUGAGUACUAUGACGCGGGGAACCACUGGUGCAAAAAUUGUAACAUCACAUGCGGCGCCAUGUUUGAUUUUUUCACACACUUGCACAGCAAGUCACACAGAAAGUCUCAAGACCCCUAUGACCGGCCCUGGGCCCCCGACACAUCCAGCGUCGAAAAGAAGAAACAAAGUGGCGUUGAGAAGAUCACUAAGCCAGCCAAAGGCUCUGAGUUUUUGAUGGCUGUGAGGGGAUUUUACUGCCAGCUGUGCAAGGAGUUCUUCGGAGACCCAAUCUGUGCUGAGGAGCAUGUGACUAGCCAUGCACAUAAUGAGAAAUACAAGCAACGGAUGUACGAGAAUCCACUGUAUGAACAGCGUCGAAACUUGGACCGCCAGGCCGGAAUGACCAUAAGCUCGGAGUCCAAACACGCGGAACAGAAGCGCAAACAGGAGGCAGAGCAUUCCCGCGAGGAGUUCCUGAAGCGCUCCAAACAUGGCAAGGAGGAGGAACAACGUCCAACCAAGCAGCAGAAAGAAGAGGAGACCCCGACUACGAAACCACGAUACGUACGCGAGGAGGUGAAGAAACCAGCGUACGAUCCUGAGGACGAGGACGGCAAGUUCAAGAACAGCCGCAGGGAACAGAAAGAGGAGAAACCCAGAUACAGUAAGAGGGAGGAAGAGGAGGAUAGGCCCAAAUAUGGGCGCAUGGAGGAAGAGGAGGACAGGCCCAAAUAUGGGCGGAGGGAGGAAGAGGAAGAUAGGCCCAAAUAUGGGCGUAUGGAGGAAGAGGAGGACAGACCAAAAUACAGCAGAAGAGAGGAGGAAGAGGUGCGGCCCAAGUACAUGAAGAAAGAGAAGGAGGAAGAGGAGAGGAAAUCCAAAUACAGCAAAAAGGAGGAGGGUGAAGGGCGGUCCAAGUACAGCCAGAGAGACGAGGAAGAGACGCGGUCCAAGUACAGCAGACGUGCAGAGGACGACAGCAGCAGAGGCAAACACAGCAAGCAGCAGCAGGACGAGGAGCAGCAGCGUAACAGGUACGCCCGCGAGGAAGACGAGCGAGCCUCGUACGGCAAAGCAGACGACCGGGGGAGGUACGGGCGAGCCGCGGAGAAAAGGUCCCGGUGCAGCCAGGAGGAGCCGGAGCGGAAGCCCAAGCACGGAAAGUGGGAGGACGAAGAGGACGAGGUGAAACCCAAGUGGACGAGAGAGGAGCGAGCGCCAGCUCCGAGGAAAGAGAGGGGUUACAGGAACAAACCGGAAAAGGGCGGGAAAAAAGAGGAAAAGCCAGAGGUCCUGGAAAAACCAGUAGAACCUCCGAAAGUGAUGUGCGGUCCGAGUCCUGCCAUGCUGGCGAAACUGCGCAAGAAGAACGAGGAGGCCAACAAAGGAGGCACAUUCGGGAAGUUCACCUGGAAGAAGCCGCAGAAGUCCAAGCUGGAGAAGGAGGCCGAGCGAAUGGCGGCUCAGUUCAUCAAGGAGGAUGAGGAGGCGGCGAAGGCGGCCGAGCAGGUUAUGCUGAUGGAGCCUGGCGCUGUAGUUGGUGGUGCUGGAGACGCAGAAGAUGGUGAAGAUGCGUUUGCCAGGUCGUUAGCCGCUGCCAAGACAAUUGCCAUCAAGCUGGCUGGGAAGACGGUCCUCCCCACUCCCGCUCCGUGGCAGUCCUUUGGCGUGUCCCCGUCUGCCAUGGUGCUCCGCAAGUCGGCCGCCAACAACCCCUCGCCCGUGAACCCGGCUCUGGCAAUGAAGCCAGUCUCGGUCACCCCGGUCAAAGCCCCGACUCCCACUCCCGCCAAAGAGGAAAAGAAGGACGCCGUGCUGUCCGCAGACGUGAUCUCCAAAGCGUUUGGCGGACAGGAAGUCCAGCUGCCGCCCAUCCACUCAACCCCUCCAGCCACCUCAGACCUCCAGCCUGCCAUCGUUGCUGCACAGCAGAGCGCACCUGCUACAGCAGAACCAGCUCUGGCGCCAGAGCCACAACCGGGAGUGUGUGUGAUGCGCAUGGAGGCGGACGUGGCAGUGCCUGGCGUGUCCGAGUGCGAGCAGGCUCAGGCGGUGGUAGUGUGCCCCCCUCCCAUGCUUCAGAAGCCACCUACCAACAAGAACCCUCCCAGAUCCGUGAAGCCCAAGUCCAGCCUGGCAGCAGCCAAAGCUCAGGACCUCUUUGAUAUCUUCUACAGUGGAGGGUCACCCUUCGGCACCCCGACCUCCAGCACUGCCCCGAAACCAGCCCAGGUCUGCCCCAAAGCUGAUGCAAAGGAUGCCAAGAGUGUGGGCAUCUCUCAGAGCAGUCUGGAGCCGUCUGUAUCGAUGAAGAUGGAGAAACAUACUCCAGUGGUCGUCAUGGAGACUGUCCGUAUGGAGACAGAGGAACCUAUACAGGAAGCCGACAUGGACCCUGUCCAAUCAGAGGCAGUUGCUCCAGUCCAGGAAGUAGUCAUGGACCCUGUCCAUUCAGAGACAGUUGCUCCAGUCAAGGAAGUAGUCAUGGACCCUGUCCAUUCAGAGACAGUUGCUCCAUACCAGGAAGUAACCAUGGACCCUGUCCAUUCAGAGACAGUUGCUCCAGUCAAGGAAGUAGUCAUGGACCCUGUCCAUUCAGAGACAGUUGCUCCAUACCAGGAAGUAACCAUGGACCCUGUCCAUUCAGAGAUAGUUGCUCCAGUCAAGGAAGUAGCCAUGGACCCUGUCCAUUCAGAGACAGUUGCUCCAGUCCAGGAAGUAGCCAUGGACCCUGUCCAUUCAGAGACAGUAGCUCCAGUCCAGGAAGUUACCCUGGACCCUGUCCAAUCAGACACCUUGUCUCCUAUCCAGGAAGUUACAAUGGACCUUAUCCAAUCAGAGACAGUUUCUCCUAUCCAGGAAGUAUCCAUGGACCAUAUCCAGUCAAAAGCUGUUGCUCUGAUGCAGGAAGUGGCUAUGGACCCUGUCCAGUCAGAGGCUGUGGACCCUGUCCAAUCAGAGACAGUGGAGUCUGUCCAAUCGGAGGCAGAUGAUCCUAUCCAGCUGGUUGUCAUUGACUCUGUCCAAUUGGAGCCAGAGGACCCUAUCCAGUUAAAGACAGGACACCCUCUCCCAGCAGUCGUCAUGGAACCUAUCCAGUUGGAUUCUGAUUCUGACGACUCCAUCCCACACGCAGUCAUGGAUGCUGUCCACUCUGAGAUAGACAACCCUAUUGUCAUAGAGACGGUUAGUCUGGAGCCAGACGACCCCAGUGCGGAGGACGCCAUGGCGAUAAUCCUGGGCUCCGACAGCCCGCCGCCUGGCUCCUUCACCGAGCAGAUCAACCUUGACACCUUUGAGUUCAACUUUGAGCCACCAGAAUAAGACCUCCACUUAAUGGAAAAGCUCUCCAGUGUCUCCACUGCUUUGAUUUUAAAGGUGAACUUUGUAAAAUACUUGUUUAAAAAAAAGUGUUUAGUUUUCUUUUUCCCUCUAGCUGGAAUGUGUGCGCUUGAUCAGCUGAAAUUAAGACUUUGUUAAAGGGGGGAGUCUCCCCACAAUGGUACUCGGCUUCCCGAGUUAGAUCUCUUGAUGGACGAUGGACCUUCUAAUUCUAUGACGAGUGCCAGUUUCUCUCUGCACAUGUCCUUUAGCCAGCUGACGUGGUCUGCAUUAGUCCACCGUGUUCUGUGUAAACUGCCGAAAUGUCUGUUUAAAUUUGACCUGAAGGUAAUGUGGAAUAUUAUUUAAACAUUAUCCUUUACUGAUGUUUCACAUGUGUAUGCAUAUUCAGGCUCUACAGCUAAAGAGUGUUCUUUUUUUUCAUUCCUGCUGAGAUGAUUGAGAGACGUUCUUAAAUACAGGUGCAAGGAACUCCCACGUUCCGAAGAGAACAAGGUAUGGCAAGCUGAUGAUGUCACAAGGACCAAAUGCCAUGGUUACGAUCUGAUCGUUCAUCUGCAUCAUAAAGAAUCUGUUUCUUUCUUUACAGCGAUGUCUGGAUGCAAGGAUGGGACUGUAAUAGCCAUUUGGUUUCUGUUGAUGUUUUUGUAAAGAUUUUUGAUUUGAAGCCUGGUUCAGUUUCUCUGCCGGUGUUUAGAAUGUUUAUUGCCACAUAUAAUCAAACGUCCUGCUUAAACUGUACCUGUUGUUGGAAAAUGCUAUUCAAAUAAACACUUCAGACCACA